UGCGGGCAAACGAUGCCACCAUGCAGAUCGACCGUAUUAUAAUCGCCUUCGGGAUCGUUGGAGUGACUUUGUGUGGCAAUGUUGUUGACGGGUUGGUUCCCGUGCAAACGAGGAGCACCAGGACUCUCUUGGGGUCCGUGAGAAGCGCACGGAAUCCAGCAGGAUCCAGACCUUGUCACGCGGCACCAACGUUCACUAGACUCGCCGCCGUUGCCGUACAUGACGAGGACCAUGCCGUGUCACCACAGCCAAAGAAGCACAAUACUGCCCGUAAGCCGAAAAUUGUGUUGGUGGCCGGAUUCGAAUCGUUCAAUCGCGAAUUGUAUUCUCAAGCCGCCCGCGACCUCGACGUCGACUUGACGGUCUUCGCCGACUCGGACAUUCGGGUCCCCCCAACCACGACAACGACGACGGUACGCGAUGCCCACGACUUGGCCGUCAAUCCAGACUUUGCCUCCGCGGUCCGUCAGGCCGACGCCUUUAUAGGUUCGCUCAUUUUCGAUUACGACGACGUGCUGGCGGUGCAAUCGGUCCUCCCCGCGGUCCAAGGACCCCGCCUCGUUUUUGAAAGUGCCACGGAACUCAUGACGUUCAAUACCGUCGGAAGCUUUUCCAUGGCACCGUCAGCGGAAAAAGGUGGUGGCUCUGCCGGGCCACCACCCGCGGUCAAAGCCAUCUUGUCCCAAUUUGGCUCGGGCAAGGAGGAAGACAAGUUGAGUGCGUAUUUGAAGCUCCUUAAAGUCGGUCCAACCUUGCUGCGCUACGUGCCCGGUGAAAAGGCCAGUGAUCUACGCACAUGGUUGGAAGCGUACCGCUACUGGAAUCAAGGGGGUAAAAGCAAUGUGCAGGCCAUGUUGGCGUUGAUUGCGGAUCGGUGUCGGGAUCAACCGUCCGCCGUGUUGACCGCUUUACCGCCUCUGCAAGUCACUCCGGAUAUUGGUCUGAUCCAUCCAGUGCGUAGCCGACAACAACAACAAGACGAAACGAAAGCUGCUAUCUUUACCCAGCCACAAUACUUUGAAUCUCCAGCGGAAUACCUGGCGUGGCGAUUGAGUGCGAAUACCCAAACGCUAGCGGCGCAACAGGGUUUCGUUUUGGCCCCGGAUGACGCUCCUCGGGUAGCCGUACUCCUGUACCGCAAACACGUUAUUACGGAACAGCGUUAUUUGGGAGAUCUCAUUCGACAAAUGGAACAAGAUGGAUUACUGCCCAUACCCAUUUUUAUCAACGGCGUCGAAGCGCAUACCAUUGUGCGUGAUUUGUUGACGAGCAAUCACGAGCAAAAACUGGUGCGUGACAGGAAACUCCGGCGUGAUUCGACCUAUCAGCCGUCCCAAGCCGUUUCGGUGGACGCCAUUGUGAACACGAUUGGGUUUCCCCUGGUAGGGGGACCCGCGGGAUCCAUGCAAGCCGGACGGAACGUGGCCGUGGCCGAGACCUUGCUAACAAACAUGAACGUACCUUACGUGGUAGCUAGUCCACUAUUGCUCCAAUCUAUCGCACAAUGGAAGACCAAUGGAGUCUUAGGAUUGCAGUCAGUGGUUCUGUACAGCUUGCCCGAACUGGACGGCGCUAUUGACACUGUCGUUCUUGGCGGAUUGGUGGGCGAUAAGAUUGCGCUGGUUCCGGAACGCGUGCGCAAAUUGAACUCUAGGGUGAAGAAUUGGGUGGAACUCCGGCGGACGCCACCAUCUGAGAGACGUAUUGCCAUUGCCUUGUACGGCUUUCCACCCAACGUGGGAGCAGUCGGUACCGCGGCCCUGCUGGACGUGCCACGGUCUCUAGACGCCCUCCUGAGACGGCUUGAAAAGGAAGGAUACCGUGUGGGUGAUUGGACAUCCGAUCCGAAUGCUUGCGGAGAAAGUUUAGUGGCGGCGUUGGCCACCCUGUGUGAAAACCCGGUCAUUACAGCCGGCGCGGACCGUAUGCAAGAAGCGAUCGAGAGCAAAAUUGCCCGUGCCACGGCCGGAGACUCGACGGUAGCCGCUACUCUAGCGCUGCCGGGAGGUGGACUCGGAGGAGCCCAGGUCGUGGCGAAAGAUAUAUCGAUCGAUGAACUCGAAGAAAUGCUGGGAAGCUACAUGAUGAAAAAAGUGCGGCGAGCCUGGUCUGAGAAAGAUCGCGGUCCCGGUGUUACCAAGAAUGGCAAGUUCGCUGUAGCAGGGCUCCAACUUGGAAACGUGUGGAUUUUCGUCCAGCCUUUGUUAGGCGUCGAGGGUGAUCCUAUGCGUUUGCUGUUUGAAAGAGAUCUGACUCCACACCCACAGUAUUGUGCGACGUAUGAAUGGCUACGGCGUCCCAAGGCUCUGGAUGGGCUAGGGACACAAGCAUUGAUUCACUUUGGAAUGCACGGCACUGUGGAAUGGCUUCCCGGGCAGCCGCUAGGCAAUGAUCGCAAAUCAUGGAGUGAUGAAUUGCUUGGUGGCCUCCCAAAUCUUUAUGUGUAUGCUGCAAACAACCCGAGCGAGAGUAUCCUCGCCAAGCGUCGGGGGUACGGAACUCUAGUGAGCUACAAUGUCCCUCCGUAUGGUCGAAGCGGACUGUAUCUUGAGCUGGCUAAUUUGAAAGACUUGGUCGAGGAAUAUCGAUCGGACGAAGGAUCCAAUGGAUCGAAUCGAGAACUUUUUGAAACUAUUUACGACUUGGCCCAAAGAAGUGGUAUGGUAAACGACGUUCCGUUGAUGUGUGAUUCCAAAAAUCCUUUUGAUAUUGAUUGUGAGCAGCAGUCAAACGUCCUCGAGUCGUUGCCAGCCGAUGUGUGUUCCGAUUGGGUCGUGCGAUUGUCUGAUUAUCUGAAUGUUCUGCAAGAUCGCCUGUUUUCCAGUGGACUACACGUUUUCGGGCAAAGCCCGUCCGACGAAGACCUGGUGUCUUAUCUAGCGGCUUACUUCGGAGAGCAACUAUCGGAGAGCGAUUGUCGUGAUCUAGUGACCAAGUGGCGCGAAACAUCAAAGCAGAGCGAGAAAAGCCAAAAUGUUUUCACCUCUUUCUUCCAAUUUCUCGAAUUUGUUGCAUUUGGGGAAACCAGUUCAGAUCCAUCUUUCUCUGAACAAAGCAUCUCCGAGCGGGCAAUGACGAUUGCAGGACUUCUAGAUCGUUCUUCGGACGAACUCCAAUCUGUGGUAAAGGGUUUGGACGGAGGAUAUAUUCCUCCUGCGCCGGGAGGGGAUUUGUUGCGUGAUGGACCGAGCGUGCUGCCUACCGGACGCAACAUUCAUGCUCUUGAUCCGUAUCGAAUGCCGUCCGCUGGGGCUUGGGCCCGCGGUCAAAAAGCAGCGCAAGAAGUCAUUCGCCAGCACCAAGAGAAUAAUGAAGGCCGAUUUCCGGAAACGAUUGCUGUUACGCUCUGGGGUUUGGAUGCCAUCAAAACACGUGGUGAAUCGGUGGCGAUCGUUUUAGCGUUGCUUGGGGCGAAGCCAGUAAAGGAAGGAACUGGUCGUAUCGUUCGGUUUGAUUUGAUCCCUUUAGAAGAGCUUGGCCGGCCAAGGAUUGAUGUUUUAGCCUCCCUUAGUGGCAUAUUCAGGGAUUCUUUUGCCAACAUCGUAGACCUACUUGACGAUACUUUUCAAAGAGCAGCUCAGGCCGACGAAUCAGACGAAAAGAACUUUGUUAAGAAGCAUACCAAAGAACUGAUAGCUAGUGGUGUAAAAGAUGGAGCUGCUGCAAGAUUGUUCAGCAAUCCACCGGGCGACUACGGAAGUAUGGUGAACGAGGUUAUAGGAACCGGAGAUUGGGAAGAUGAGGAGAGUUUGGGAGAGACAUGGAAAGGACGGAAUGUUUACUCUUACGGUCGAAAAGAAGGACAGAGCGGAACUGGGGGGACUGCUCGUCCUGCUGUUCUUAAUAAGUUGCUGGCAACGACCGAGCGGGUCGUUCAAGAGAUCGAUAGUGUCGAGUAUGGUCUUUCCGACAUCCAAGAGUAUUACGCCAAUACAGGAGCGCUGAAAAAAGCGGCGGAAAAUAGAAAAGAGAUUGAUCCGAAGACGGGGAAGAAACGGAAAGUAUCUAUAUCGGUAAUAGAGGCAUUUGGUGGAUUUGACGAGAACGCUCUGGUUCCGGUCAAAGAUGUCGAGGAAGUGCUUAGGUUAGAAUACCGAAGCAAAUUCCUUAAUCCAAAAUGGCGAGAUGCAAUGCUAAAGCAAGGGUCUGGUGGAGCAUAUGAAAUCUCUCAACGGAUGACAGCAAUGAUUGGUUGGUCAGCGACGGCAGAGAUUGAUAACUUUGUCUUUGACCAAGCUGCUGAACGUUAUGCACUUGAUGCUGAUGUCGCCAAACAACUUCAACGCGCCAACCCGGAAGCGUUCAAGAAUAUAGUGAGGCGGCUGCUUGAAGCUUCGGGUAGAGGUAUGUGGUCAACGGACACUAGUACGUUAGAUAAGCUGAAGGAUCUUUACGCCGACGCGGACGACAUAAUCGAGCAAGGGUCCGACUUUCGGGCAAAGAUCAAGCAAGAAGCAUAAUAAUACGUCGGAACGCCAAUGCAGUCUAGCCCAAAGCCCCUCCAAAUGUUGAUAAGAAUACAUAGUUUCUAUUUGGUU